CUGUCACGUGACUGCAGAAAGAUGGCGGCCUUGUCAGCGGAGCAUUUCGUGGCGCUCCAGAGCCUGCUGAAGGCUUCCUCGAAAGAUGUCGUCAGACAGCUGUGCCAAGAAAGCUUUUCCAGUUCAGCCCUUGACUCAAAAAAGCUCCUGGAUAGUACGUGUUCCAGCUUGUCGGUGACACAGGAGGAGGCAGAGCAAUUGCUCCAGGCUCUGCACCGCUUCACUAGGCUGGUGGCCUUCCGGGACCUGUCCUCUGCCGACGCAGUUCUGGCUCUCUUUCCAGAAAGUUUCCACCAAAACCUCAAGAACCUGCUGACGAAAGUCGCCCUGGAGCACGCAUCUACUUGGAGAACUGAAGCCCAAGCAAACCAGAUCUCUCUGCCACGCCUGGUGGACCUGGACUGGAGAGUGGAUAUCAAAACCUCCUCAGACAGCAUCAGCCGCAUGGCCGUCCCCACCUGCCUGCUCCAGAUGAAGAUUCAAGAAGAUCCUAGUCUGUGUGGAGAGAAACCCUGCAUCUCGGCUGUGACCAUGGAACUGAGCAAAGAAACGCUGGAUACCAUGUUAGAUGGUCUGGGCCGAAUCCGGGACCAGCUUUCUGCUGUAGCCAGUAAAUAGGCCAACCAGCUGCUGACCGGUGGAGGUGUGGAGCUCACCACACAGGCUGACGGUGGGCACGCAGCAGGACGGAGACACCGCUGCUCUUCAGAAAGCACAGUGGAGGGAAGGAAGCCGUGGCCAUUCUUUCUCUCCUCAUUUUGUUUCUUUUCCUGAUGAUGAGCAGAAGCCCCUACCUCUGAGGCCUUGUGUGAAGCUGACUUACUGCGCGGGCUGUGUGAGGG